AUGCUGGCCGUGCACCUCCUGGAACUCUUCGUCUCGGACGAGGACGACCAGGCGCCCGAGCCCUUGGAUACGCUGCAGGAGCCGGCGGAGCAGUGCGAGCAGCGCCUGGACGACCUCAGGACCAAGUCCGUGCUGGCGCCGCUGGAGACCGCGGCUGAAUUAUGGCUCACCAUUUAA